CAUGCGCUUGUGUUUAUGGUGUUGCUGGGGCAGCUGGGGCUAAGCGGCUAUGUUGCUUUAACUGGGAUUAACGGUGACCACAUAUGAUAUGAUAUUUGCAUUCUUUACGAGCCUGAAGACUAUAAAUAAAUGCGGCAACAUGUCUUUUGUUUCGUUAAGGGCGAUGAUUAUACUUUUUCUCGGUUUCACGUCGUGCACACUUUGGAGACUCGGUGCAUGUGUGGACAGAGAUGCUGGUAUUGUCUUCGUCGUGCUGAGUCAAGACAGUGCAAUGAGCAGCAAAGCGGCAGAGCAGCUAUCGUCAAGCAUAGCGGAGCAAGCUACAGCGCUGAAAAUGGCGCCUCCUACCGUGUACCUGUUGCACAAGCAGUGGCCGGACGUCGCGGGAGCGUGGACCGUGUUUCCCCUGAUCAAACGGCUGGAAAUGCUUCACAGAGAAGAUGGGCGCUGGUUCUUCUUCUGUGACGACACCACGGGCGUCGAGCUCUCCCUUCUUCACAAGGCCCUGCGCAGACUCAACUCUACGCAGGAGGCCCAGUUCGUGGGCCACGCCCUGUGGGACGAAGAGACGACCAUCGUGCACCACUUCGAUGACCCGCGGUCGCUGGCCUACCCGGACCUGUCGGCGGGCAUGGCACUGAGCGAGGCGGCGAUGCAGAGGGUGGCUGAAGCACUGGACGUCGCGUCUCCGGAAGACUUCUCCAUCGAUCGGCAAUACGAGAUCGCCAAAUUCCUGAGGGACCACUGCGGAGGUCUGUUACUGGAACACGCCGAGUCAUUCUGCCUUGGGGAACGCAGCGAGGGCUGCGCCACCUGGACCUCUGUGCAGGCGCCAUCGUGUGCCCAACUUGUGCCCAAAGAAGCCCUGACGGUCGCAGUCAAGACGUGCAGCCAAUUUCACAAAGACCGAGUGCCGGUGAUCAAGGCGACGUGGGCCGGGGACGCCCACCGGGUGCUCUUCUUCAGCGAUGUGGAGGACGACCGCGUGCCGACCGUCACGGUAGGCGUGGCCAACGUGGAACGCGGUCACUGCGCCAAGACGAUGGCCAUUCUGAGGCACGUCGUGUCGCACGGACUGCUCGCACGCUGGCUGCUCGUAGCCGACGACGACACCCUCAUCAGCAUACCACGCCUCCUGGACCUGUUGAGCUGCUUCGACUGGGAAGACGACGUGGCGCUCGGCGAGCGCUACGGAUUUGGUGCAGCUACUGGGCGCGGCUAUGACUACCUCACGGGAGGCUCGGGGAUGGUGUUCAGCCGCAAGACCGUGGAGCGGAUCAUCAACUCACCAUGCUCGUGUUCGAAGGCCGACUCUCCUGACGACAUGACCCUGGGAGUCUGCCUCAAACAGCUGGGCGUUCCCAUCACGCAUUCGCCACUGUUCCAUCAGGCGAGACCAGACGACUACAGUCGUCAGCUCCUGUCCCAUCAGCGGCCCAUUUCGUUCCACAAGUUUUGGAUGAUGGACCCAUUUGCUGCCUACCGGAAGUGGCUUGCGGAUAUUCCAUACAACGCUAAGCCACAUGAAGAACUCUGACUCAUCAGUAUACCUUAGUUGCAGCUACAACUUGUUUAUUUCGCGAGAGCAGACAACGAAGCCAAGCGCUUAUUAGAAUGGGUCGGCCUCUCUAGCGACCGCACCGUGAUUGUAAAGAUCACUGCAGCUGUGUAUGCAUGUUAUGUAAAGUGAAAGCAGAUCGCUGCGUUGAAGUUUAGAGAGCUUGUGCAGACAGCUACACGAACGAAAACGAGAGCAGCUAAUAAAUCAAGCUGCUCAUGUUCAAUUGUACCGUAUUUUCUCGCAUAUAACCCGCACCAGAAAUUGAAAAAAGUGCUUAAAAAGGUGGAGGUGCGGGUUAUCUGCGAAUAUUCGCGAAGGGAGGGGGUGGGGGUCGGCUUCACGGCAACGCGCGGCCUGCCGUGCAGAGUCCGCAUGUCUAUCGACAUCGACGUGUGUUAAGCCAAUAAGAGGCCAACACAGGUUAUUGCCUGAUCCACAUUCAUAGUCUGGUUAGACGCUUUUCGGCAUGGAGGAAGAAAAAUGCUUUUCGGUAUGGGUGUUCUGUGCUUUUCGCACGCUUUUCGCACGAGUCAGGUGCCGUUUCUUGUACGCCCAGUUUGCACAGUUGGCCAGCCUUAGGCAUCAUGAAUGUGUCUCUGCGGCAGUCUUUCACUGUGAAAGAGAAACUGAAGAUCAUAGCUGCUGCUGAAGAAAUCGGCAACAGAGCUGCUGCGAGAUGGUUCCGAAGACGAUUACGUCUUCGAGAGCGGCGACGAAGCCUCGGAUGGCAGCAGUGAAUCGGACGACAGCGCUGACAACGUUGCGGCGGUCGUUUUGAAGUAAAUUUGUUUUGAAAACGAAAUGAUGGCUGCGCGUAGUUCCUAGUCCUCAUUUUUUCGGAUAAGCGUGCGGGUUAUACGCGAAGUUAUUUUUUCUUCUUUUUCGUGGAGUUCACAGUUAAGGGUGCGGGUUAUAUGCAAGGGUGGGUUAUAUGCGCGAAAAUACGGUAUGUGCAAGUGUUCUAGUGAAGGUACAGAAGUUCUGUGUAUUGGAGCGUUUUCAAGUGCCUUCAAUUAAAUAUUUUUUCUUGCUUUUGCUUUUUACUGUGAUAGCAGUUAAGUGCUCGCAGAUGGGCUUUCCUUGUCCGCCA